AUGAAUGCUUUUCACAAGAAAGGUCGAUCACAAAGUCUGCCUAACUGGAACGGCGACGACGAUAACAAAUUACAUUAUAGACUGACCAUCAUGGGUGCCGCCGGGGUGGGUAAGAGCUGCAUUAUCUCCCAGUUCCUGUACGAUCGCUUUAUAAGUGAGUACAAAGAAACGGUGGAGGAGUUUCAUCGCCGAGAAUACACCGUGAACGGCCGAGACUUAGUUCUUGACAUUCUAGACACCGCUGGUGCACAUUCAUUUCCGGCCAUGCGCAGACUGGCUAUUUCAACGAGUGACGCAUUUGUUUUGGUUUACUCAUUAGACGAUGAGUCUUCGUUUCAAGGCGUGAAAUAUUUGCGAGACAUAAUCUUAAGUGAACGAAAAGGUGAACAUGUACCCAUAGUCGUCGUUGGAAAUAAAUCGGACAUUUCAGAUGAGAAGAGAGCCAUAAUGCGUCACACAGCUGAAUCCAUCGUGUGUUUUGACUGGGGUAAUGGUUACAUUGAAGCUUCGGCAAAAGACAAUAUCAAUGUUGUCGGAAUAUUCAAAGAAAUUUUGAGACAGGCCCAUGUUGAGCUGAGUAAUACGCCACUACCCAAGAGGAAACGCUUUGGCUCAACGUCGUCAGAGGGUUCUGACAUUUCUUAUAGUUCGGAGACGAGGAAAAGAAAUAGUUGUGUUAUUUCGUAG